AUGUAUUCACGCUACUCACAAAUGACUAACUUUCCCGUGAACGUAAUUCUCAUUCAACCAACAACUUCUCAUGAAACAUUUCCAACGGACUCAGAUUACGUGGAUUUUGAAGCUCCCAGCAAAUACAGAACUUAUCCUAUACAUGUUAUGGAUAAAACCUUCUAUGUAGAUUCUCAUGUCUUCUCUAAAAACUCAGAUUUUUUUCGAGCUGUGAUGAACAACACUCGAUUUAUUGAAGGAUCCCUUGGGAAAAUUGAGAUUUUCGACGAAAAGCCGGAGGAUAUUCUUACUCUUAUUCGUGUUGUUUCACCAAACUAUCUUGCGCUUUACCCCACCGAAGUUUGCGAAUCUAAUAUUUGCACAGUGCUUCGACUAUGUGAUAAGUAUCUCUUUGGAAAUUUAAAAUCUAGUUGCUUGGAUUUCUUGGAAAAUUAUGACCCCUCCGUUCGCCCUCUUCAUUCCGUGUUGUAUCUCUUUUACAGCCUUGCGUUCAAGCUUCACAUUGACCAUGAUCAAGAAUUGUCGAUGCUUUUAAAUGUUGUUCAUUACUCUUGCCUAACCGAACUUCUCAAGCCUUCGAAUAUCGCGGAAAUGUUGAAAAUUCGUAAUGAUAUGAUGAAAGAAGACAUGUCGAAAUUCAGAAAUCAAAUUAUCAAGAAAAUUGUCGAUGCGGUUCUUCAAGGAAAUGCGAUAUUUGAACAUCGACUAUCGUUCAACGAAGAGGUUCAAGGUCUCGGCUGCCAACAAUGCAUGAAGUUGCCGUCCAACAGACGAAAGCCCUUUGUCCUCUGUCUCUGCAAAGCCUGCGGACGAGAAGUUUGCGUCCAAUGCCGCAAAAAGCCAUGCUGGAAUAUGUUCGAGGAAUGGCUUAACGAAUUGCGCUCAUAA